AUGUUUGGACGAUCCGCAAGCGCCACCGGUGGUGGUUUGAGCAUCAACACUGGUGCUGCCAAUUCUGCUGCCGGCUCCUCUUCGACACCCGCAGCAGGUGGUCUGUUCGGAAACGCGGCGGCGUCGACGCAGCCUGCUGCGAGCGGUGGCCUUUUCGGCGGUACCCAGACGGGCGGGGGAGGUCUCUUUGGCAACAAGCCGGCCGCACCAGCGACUGGUGGUCUUUUUGGCCAGUCCCAAUCUGCAACACCCUCCCAACCUCAGCAGUCCGGUGGCGGCGGUCUCUUCGGCUCAGCCCAGCCUCAACAACAGCAGCAACAGCCUCAGCAACAGCAAAGCGGAGGGCUCUUUGGAUCGGCUCAGCCUCAGCAGCAGCAGGGUGGAGGCUUGUUUGGUGCAUCCCAGCAGAAGCCGGCCACCGGCGGUCUCUUUGGCCAGAGCUCGACCCAGCCACAACAACAACAACAGCAGCAGCAACCUAGCGGAGGACUCUUUGGUGGCGGCAACACGCAACCUCAGCAGAACCAGGGCGCGGGCGGCGGCCUCUUUGGCCAGAGCCAGGCUCAGAACCAAUCUAAGCCGGGCGGUCUUUUCGGCCAAUCUCAAGCAGGCAACAACAGCUCCGCUCCGGGCUUGACAAUGGGCCAGUCGACGACUCAACAGACGGUCCCCGGCGUGCGUGUGGACGUGUCAAACAUCAAGGGCACGACGCGGUUCAACGACCUCGAGCAGUCGAUCCAGACCGAGAUGGAGAACUGCGACAUGAUGAUCCAGCGGUUCAUGGCGCACGCAUCCGAGAUUCGAGGGUUCAUGGCCGCGCACGGCGGCGACCUCGAGCAACUGACGACCGAUGUCAACUGGCUGCAGCGCAAGUACGAGGGUGUCAAGACGACGCUGGACGAGGAUAUUGUCACCAUGGCGCACCUCAAGGACCUGGUCAAGUCGGACGCCGACAUCGCCAAGAUGGCAUUCGCGGGCGCCGACCAGCUCAAGCUGCCCGCACACUACCACCAGACCUGGCUCACGAGGGGCGGGUCCGGGAACAACACGACCAACGGCAGCCAGGACCGCAACGUCGAGGACGUGCUCACGCUCUUCUCCAACGAGGCCGACCGCCUCAAGGAGCUGCACCAGUUCCAGGUGCAGAAGAUCAAGGAGAUGGAGCAGCACAUGCCCGGGGUCGAGCACGGUCUGUAUGAGCGCGUGAGGGCCCUGAGGGACCAGACGCAGCUGCCGGCCUUCAACAUGGUCCUCGACCUGCUGGAGACGAUCAAGAUGAUGGGCGACAAGAUCUACGAGGCGGCCGAUGCCAUUGUCGAUGUCCGCGAAAAACUGACCAAGCUUCAGCGUCAAUACCCGACAAAAUGA